AUGGGCACCAAAUGGCGCUGGGAUACUGACUUCCACCUUGGACCGGCUUUUGAUCGCGAGGCCUCCGGGCGUGCAGAUGGAUACAACUGGGGAAUAGACACAUUCUGGGCUUGCGCCAACAGCCCAACCUUCCCUCACAUCAAAGUGGUCACAUACCAUGAUGAUAUCGAGCACCCAGAGAGACUCUUGAAGGCAGAGCUGAUGGUCCUCGCUGCCACGAUGAACUCGCGGCUGGGAAUGGAGACCCUGACAGACCAUGCCAUUGUGCCUACCAUGCUCUUCUCGUUCAUCGGAACCAGCGUGAGGAUCCUGAUCGCCAUCCACGACGGAAGCUGUCUGCGCAUCUCGAAAUCAGACAUGAUGCCAUACUCGGAGGAAUCCGACGAGCUCUGGAGUCUCCUCAUGCGAUACCUUGCCGGAGGCAUCAAUGGAGAGCCGAGCACUCACAAGCUACCUUCGGUGAACGCAGCAGAAAAGUGAAUCUGCAUUCGUUGGAGUUUCA